AUGGCUACCACCUUCAACGCCCCACCAAACUUCACCAUUCCAACCGAACGCUUACAUAUUUCUUAUCUCGAAUCAGGAAACACGGCCCACAGUACCUUUCUCCACCACCUGUGGAAUACGGAAGACUUUAUUCAAGCGGAAGGAAACACAGGUCUGGAUACGCCUGAAAAAACAGCCAAAUUCAUCGCCGGAAAAGUCCAAAGCGACUACAGUCGUAACAGAUAUGGUCAGAUGCUAGUAUCUCUGAAGCCGCAUCCCCAAGCAUCGCUAGAAGAGAGCAAACCAAUUGGAAUCGUAUCUCUUAUGAAAGGCGAGCCUCCUAAUGCAUAUACUGCGCCUGAUGUGGGAUAUACUAUACUACCCGAGGAAAGUGGCAAAGGGUAUGCCACAGAGGCAGCAAUUGGCCUGAUCGACUAUGCAAGGAAGGAACUCGGCGCGGAUGGAGUUUUCGGAUUUUGUUCUGCGAAGGAUAAGCGGAGUCAACGAGUUUUAGAAAAGGUUGGAUUGGAGUUUAGAGGAGAACGACAUUUGAAGAUAUUUGGAGGUGCGCAUAGUGCUGUCUAUGCCUUGAAAGGAAUGGCGGAGGAUUUGAAGGCUUAUGGGAUAGAUGAUGAGUGA